CGCGCCAUCUAUUGCGGGGGUUCAAGGGGCCGCCAGUACGAGGUUGGCCGCCGGCGGGGUCAGUGUACAGUGGUUCCGUGUCUCCGCUCCGAACUAUGGAAUAUACCUGAAAAACCACGCGUUAUUCCGAGGGCAAUGGGCAGAGGUGGUCCAACACAGCCCGGCGCCACCCAGGGAGGAGCAGCAGACGCCGCCACCGCCACCACCACCUGCAGCAGCCCCAGUGCCCGUGCUGGGGGGGACUUGUGACGAGGGGGGCGCCAGUGUGUGUUGUUACUCCUCUCCGCCACCACCACCACCACUGUUACUACUCCUCAUGUGCCUUCACCCACGCCCGACGCAUUGCUCACCCACCACCGACACUCCCGCGUCCGUCACCGUCAGCCAUCAUCACCACCAACGCCAACACCGCCGCUUCCACAGUCGCCGUCGCGCGGAGCUGAAUUAAGAGUAAUAUUAGUGAUUUGUCUUGAUUGGAAAAGGAAAAGAGAGGUAUUUAUUUGAAAGCGUUGCGUGCGAGUCUGGAGUACUACUAGAGCCGCUAGGUGAAGGUGGUGGUCGGGUCCACGGGUGUUGCUGCCGCGGGUGUGUCGCUGGCUGGCUGGUGGCGUCCGGCGGUGCAGCGUCGCGUGUGUGCGUGUCGGCUGCCUGGGGCCAUGCCGGGCAGGUGACGUGCACGCCCACGCCUCCUGUCGCCUACUGCCGCCCGCCGCCCGCCGCCUGCCGCCCACUCCGGCCUCACAUGGCGCCUUAAGUGAAACCAGUUCUUCCGUGCAUGCGUGAGUGUGUUGACAGUAUUAGCUAAGGACACCACACCCUCCCUCCCGAUGAUGGGUGACGGGCAGGAGGACGCGGGGGGAGGAGGAGGAGGAGGAGGCGGAGGAACUAGUAGUGGAGGAAGUGGAGGGGGAGGAGGAGGUGGUGGUGGUGGUGGUGAAGAGAAGGGGACGGUGGACCUCGUGGCCACCACCUCUGCCGGCCUGGCCGCCAGCAGCGGCGCCGGCGGCGGCGGCAGCGGCGGCGAUAGUGCCGCGGAGCAGCGGCUGCAGGAGAUGGAGCGGCUGUUCCUGGCCGGCCCCGGGGAGGCGAGCGGCCAGUCAUGCUCCGUCGAGACGCUGCUUGACGUGCUGCUCGUCCUCUUCGAUGAGUGCACCAACUCCUCCCUCCGCCGCGAGAAGACCGUCUCGGACUUCAUCGAGUAUGUGAAGCCGGUGGUCCAGCGGGUGAAGGCCCUCAGGCUGUCGCGGGAUGACUUCGAGGUGAUCAAAGUCAUCGGGCGCGGGGCCUUCGGCGAGGUGUGCGUGGUGAAGCUCAAAGGCACCGACCGCGUCUACGCCAUGAAGAUACUCAACAAGUGGGAGAUGCUGAAGAGAGCGGAGACGGCUUGCUUCCAUGAGGAGAGGGACGUGCUGGUGUUUGGUGACCGCCGAUGGAUCACGAAUCUCCAUUAUGCCUUCCAGGAUGACAACAAUCUGUACCUGGUGAUGGACUACUACUGUGGCGGGGACCUGCUCACGCUGCUCAGCAAAUUCGAGGACAGACUUCCAGAGGACAUGGCACGCUUCUACAUUGCGGAAAUGAUUCUUGCCAUUGACUCCAUACACCUGCUGAAGUAUGUUCACCGAGACAUCAAGCCAGACAACGUGCUGCUUGAUGCCAAUGGACACAUCCGUCUCGCUGACUUUGGCUCGUGUCUGCGGCUGCAGGAGGACGGCACAGUGCAGAGCAAUGUGGCCGUCGGCACCCCGGACUACAUUUCCCCGGAGAUUCUAAGAGCGAUGGGAGAGGCACAGGCCAUGGAGGAUGGACAGGGUCGGUAUGGGCGGGAGUGUGACUGGUGGUCCCUCGGCGUGUGUAUGUAUGAGAUGCUGUUCGGAGAAACGCCCUUCUAUGCAGAGUCACUUGUGGAGACCUACGGGAAGAUCAUGAAUCAUAAGAAUUCAUUUGACUUCCCAAGUGAUCUAGGUUAUGGUGUCUCAGAAGAAGCAAAAGAACUCAUGAAACAACUAAUAUGUUCCUCGGAGUACAGAUUAGGAAAGAAUGGCAUUAACGACUUUAAGCAUCACCCAUGGUUUGUUGGUGUAGACUGGGAGACUCUAAGGGACAGUUCAGCACCAUACAUCCCUGAGGUCUCCAGCCCCACGGAUACCAGCAACUUUGACGUGGAUGACUCAGAAACCAGGAGUCAGGAUGCCUGUCCACCCCCUGCUAAUCCGGCCUUCUCUGCUCUCCAUUUACCUUUCGUAGGAUUUUCAUUUACUCAGGGGAGCCAAAUAGGUGAUAAAGGUUGCCUAUUAACAUUAUCCGUAACUACGUCAGUCACAAUGGCCACCACAAACGAUUUAGUAUCCUAUGAGAGGCGUAUCAAAUGUCUUGAAUCAGAAAACAGAGAGUUGCUGCAAAAGGCCGACAGAAUAGAUGGAAGCACCAGUCCAUCCACGGGUGACGAGAUGCAGAAGAUGGUAGAGCAGACGCAAGCUCUUACCAAGCAGAAUCAAGAUCUCACAUAUGAAGUGACAUGCCUUAAAAGACGACUCUCAGAGGGUGACACUGAAGCUGACGGAAAAGUGAAGGAGUUAGACAGACAGCUAAAGGCUUUUGUGCAAGAAAAGGAAAAUAUCGGAAGGGAAAUGGCAGACCUACAGGAGAGACUAAACUUGCAGACGAAGGAAUUGCAAGAUGCUUUGUCCCAAAGGAAAUUAGCAAUGUCAGAGUAUAGUGAAGUGUCUGAUAAGUUAACGGAAUUAAGAAAUCAGAAACAAAAGUUGUCCCGACAAGUACGAGACAAGGAGGAAGAACUUGAGACAGCAAUGCAGAAAAUUGACACCCUCAGACAAGACCUUCGUAGAGCAGAGAAACUGCGCAGAGAACUGGAGAGCCGGUCAGAUGAGGCGGAGGCAGAAGCCAGCAAAGAGCGCAAACUGCGAGAGCGCUCAGAGGAAUACACUCGCAGCAUAGAGGGAGAGUUGGAAAAGAUGCAGCAGAGACCACACGGCAGAAGUCCAUCUCUAAACUCCAUUGAGGCAUCGCAGGAGGUGUCCAGGUUGAAAUCUGACCUUGAACGAGUAUGUGUAGACCAGGAGGAGCGAGCACAACAACAGGCCUUGCGACAUGCCCAUGAGAUGUCCACUAUGAAGGAUCAGUUGGCUGAAGCAGAAUCUACGAAGAACUCACUCCAAAACGAGGUCAGCAUCCUAACCAAGAAGGUGGAGCAGCUGAGGAGUGAGCUAGAGAAGAGGACAGAGGAGCAGGAGGACUCUGUCAUGGAUGUGAAGCGUCGCCACGAGAGAGAGAAGAUCAUGAUGCAGGAUGAGAACAAGAAGCUGCUCAGCGAUGUGGAGAGGUUGACGGAAAGUCUGAAUAGAAUGCAGAAUGAGCGUCGGUCACUGGAAGAAGAGUACGAUGACCUGAGAAAUAAAAAGGAAUCUAUUGCACAGUGGGAAGCGCAGAUUACUGAAAUCAUCCAAUGGGUGAGUGACGAGAAGGAUGCCCGCGGCUACCUUCAGGCUCUUGCCACGCGCAUGACAGAAGAGCUGGAGUCCCUCAAAGUCUCGGGAGUGGUGGGCAGUGGCUCCUCCGUCCUCACACCUCCAGAGAAGAAUUGGCGUAACAGACGGUCCCAGAAAUUAGACAAGAUGGAAUUACUGAAUCUCCAGUCAUCUCUCAAUUCUGAGAUCCAAGCCAAGCAAGUCAUAUCUGAAGAGCUGAGCAAAGUUCGUGCCGAGUUGGUGGCAGCCCAGAAGGAUGUGAGGGAGUUUAAACAGCGAUAUGAAAGUGUGUCCCGUGAAAACAUGCGCAAGGAUAAGCAAGUUCGAGAACUACAGAGUCGCCUGGAAGCUGGUGAGGGCUCUGCCACGCAGGAACGCAAGACUCGAAAGUUUGUUAUGGAGCGGCCAGCCUCGCAGAUGUCCAUCCUGGAGCAGUUUUUGAAAGAGAUGCCCUUAGGGCGCGGCGGCUCUUUGGAGUCUGAGGAAGGGGACGUGGAGGACAACAGGGCUCCUUCAGUCCCCUCCCUCUCCUCGUCACGAUCAUUCGUCAGCCAGCAGGAGCAGCUGGGCUCCCCAAACAUGGAGUGUCGCCCCCUGCCACCCCUGCCUCAGACUGCCACCAAUGUGCCGCCUGGAGUGUUACCCACCAUGACCCACCAGCAGCACACCUCUGCCUUGGGUCUCUCGGGUGGCAGCAGCAGCAGUGGUGGGGGGCCAUCACCUCACAUGAUGAAGCAGAAGGCUCACCAGUUCCUCACGCGUUCCUUCCCCAACCCCAUCAAGUGCUCCCACUGCACCUCCCUCAUGGUGGGCCUCACUCGCCAAGGGGUUGUUUGUGAAGUCUGUGGGUUUGCCUGCCACACCACUUGCAAGGAGAAGGUUCCCCAGAUUUGUCCAGUGCCUCCCGAUCAAACUAAAAGACCUCUUGGUAUUGAUCCCACGCGAGGCAUUGGCACAGCUUAUGAAGGCUUCGUCAAGGUGCCCAAGCCUGGAGGAGUCAAAAAAGGAUGGUCCAGACAGUUUGUUGUUGUGUGUGACUUUAAGCUCUUCCUCUACGACAUAUCCCCGGAGAGAAAUGCCCUGCCUAGUGUCUGGGUGAGCACCGUGCUGGACAUGCGGGAUGACCAGUUUGAGGUGUCCACUGUGCGGGACUCUGAUGUGAUUCAUGCCAACAAGAAGGAUAUUCCAUGCAUCUUCAGGGUGACCACAUCCUCCAUGGUGGGAGUGCGGCAUCACACACUGAUGCUUGCAGACACAGAGAACGAAAAGACCAAGUGGGUGGUGGCACUGAAUGAGCUGCACAGGAUACUGAGGCGAAACAAACUACCCAACAGACAGAUAUUCAAUGCCCAUGAGGUGGUGGAUGGCAGUGUCACACUAAUUAAGAAUGCUGUGUGUGGCACCAUUAUUGACCCCGACCGUCUGCUGCUUGGCGCCGAGGAGGGACUCUUCUGUGUUGACCUUGAUAACUGUGAGAUUGCCAGGAUAGGAGAUGGCAAGAAAAUCGUGAGUCUUGAGUACAUUGCAGAAGAGCAGCUGAUCAUGGUGAUAGCUGGACGGCAACGGCAGGUCAAGCUGGUUCCUGUGAGGGCCCUCGGAGGGGAUGAUGUGGAGUGGAUCAAGGUUUCAGAAACGAAGGGUGCCAUUGCUUUCACGACUGGAAAGUUCCGAACUCCCAACAAUCUUGCCUUUACUUACUGCUUGUGUGUAGCUGUUAAGAGACAAAUUCUCAUUUAUGAAAUUAAUAGAGCAAAGGGCCGGCACAAAAUGUUCCGCUCCAUCCUGCUGCCGCAGCCGCCCCAGAGCCUAGACAUCCUGGGUGAGGGGCGGCUGGCUGUGGGCUUCCAAUCUGCCUUCACCAUAUAUUCCAUACUGGGGGACCAGCAUCCUUUGUCUUUAGUUCAUCCUGAGAGUCAGUCAUUGAGCUUCCUAUCCAUGACCCAGUGUGAGGCACUCAGCUGCAUUGAAGUUACUCGAGGGGAGUACCUAUUGGUGUUCAACCUCCUGGCAGUGUAUGUAGAUGCCUCUGGGCGCAAGAGCCGGGAAAAGGAGCUGAUGUAUCCAGCCUUACCUACAGCUGUUGCGGUGUGUGACGGACUUCUGCUGGUGUACAGCGACAUCCACAUUGAUGUGUUUGAGGUGCUAUCUGGGGACUGGGUGCAGACCAUCAACCUGAAGCGGACCAAGCCUCUGAUGAGCACUGGGAUCCUCAACAUGGUGAUGAUCAGCGACCUGCCCCAUGUGGCCUACCUCAGGAAUCUGCACAAAGAGGAAAUUGUAAGAACAGGCUUAGAUUCUAAUGGGCGACCAAAGUCCAGAAGAAAGUUCUCAAUGCGGGAAAACAGCAAAGCCACUCGCACAACUGACCGCCGCAGCAAGCUCAUCUCAGGACCCACCAAUUUCAACCACAUCAGCCACAUGGGUCCUGGUGACAGUAUAGAGAUUCAGCGCCUGGUUGACUUGCCUUCUCGUCGGAGCUCAGCUGCAGAACAACGCACACAACAGACACAGCCUAUCCACAGGGUACGUAGUAUGCUGCAAACCAGUGGGAAACUGGCACCCCCCAGGCUACCCCAGGGUCCUGAGCCUCCUCGCCGCUCUUUCAGCCACCAGCCACUUCCCCAACCACACUACUCUAAUGUUCAUAAUGGUAGUGGACCACCACCUCCCAUGACCAGCUCUAUACGAAGGCCAGGUAUGCCACCUCUGCCCCCCACCUCUGCUGCCCCCCAGCACCUCCCCCCCCAGCGCUCACCGGAAGAGCCUCGCCACCAAAUCAUCCACCAGCUGCAGGAGCAGGAAUGCGGUGACACCUCGCCACGCCAUUCCAUUGCUUCCAACACGAGCAGCAAUCUGUCCUCGCCUCCCUCCCCGGGCCGGCCUCCGGACCACCACUCAUCCUCCUACGACUCCUAGGGGUGCGUCUGGCCUGGGGAGUGACUCUGAGCAGGUUCCUCACAGGCUGGGCUUCAUGGACCACCACAAUCCUGUAAUAACUUUGGUUUUCUAUAAGGAUAUACAUUGGAAUUUUAAUGCUCACUCACAAUAUGUUUUUUAGAGUUUCUUUUAAAGUUUUUUAAAAUGUGGAAAGAUAUUAGUAGUUCACAUGAUUGUCACAACAUUAUUUUAACAAAUUGUAGGGCAAAAAAGGGUCACAAAUCAAAAUACAGCAGGACUUGUGGAUGUCCAGACCCAGGUGGGCGGUGAUACUCACUGCACCUUGUGAUAGAGGCAAUACUUAAUCAAACACAUUUGUGAAAUAUAUGAAGUUAUAGCCUUUGUACAUCUUGAAGCAUUACCUCUCCUCUAACAGGCUGCCAGGUACUGUAACUGAGAUGCAUUAGUACUUACAAAUAUAUAAUUAUGGAGAAUAAUGAAGUAUUCUCAUAGGGAACAAGUAUUUGGUUUUGUCAUUUGUAGCAUUGAGGAAAGUAUGGAUUUUAUUAACAAAUUCCAAUUUUAUAGUUAAUGGGCAGCUAUGAAAAGGUUCAAGCUACCUGUUGGUGCUUUGAUUGUCUUAUGUCAUAUAUUGGAUGUAAGCAUUAUAAUUGCUUGUAACUCACAUUGUAUGUAUAAAAUCAUCUUUGUUGAGAUUCUGCAGGAAUUGGAUCAUCAUCCCUGUUGUUUCAGGUUCCCUCAUAUACUGGUUGUCUUCUUCAAAAGCUUCUGCUAGUCAUUCUUUACUCUUAAGUAAAAACUCAAGCCCAAAGAAACUGACUGGAUGAAGGUGAAAACUUGGGGUGGUUUUAUAUGUGGGCAGAAUGUGAUUUGUGAUUGCUGUUUGGGGGGGAAGACGGGGUAGGACAUGAUAGCAAUACUAAAUAAAAUAGCUGUAAUACAUAAUAACUGUGUUUGGCGAGGUGAGUCACUCAGUGCGCUGGCUCACUAAUGUGGCUGAUGUAAUAGAUUAAAUAAUAUCUGUCUGUGUACUAUUGCAGAUGUCAGAAGGAAAGAAUUGUUUAGAAGGUUGAUUGGUGGAUUUGUGGCAUUAUAUGAUUGUUGAGGCAGUGCUCUCCCAUGGCGUAUAAUUUACUUGGCAGUAUGUCUUGAGAUGAUUGAAAUACAACCUUUUUUAUGUGGUUACAGAAAGAACAAGUAAUUUUUUGUGGCUUAUGUGACCAUGAAAAGUUUUCUUAAAAGUUAAUGUUGAUCAAAGGCACAUUGAUCUCAGCUGUCUUGGUAAAUUUUAUGCAAUGGAAAAAGUCUGUCAUUAAUGGAUGUGUAAAUUUCAAUUGAUAAGUGAUUGCAUAUGAAGAGUUUGUUUGUGGUAUCAUGCCAUCAGAAUAUAUCAUCUGCUAGUUGCAGGAAACUUAGAAUGUCAUUAACUGCUCCGGGAAGGAUACAAUAGUAUGAGAAUCAUUCCUUCGGUGUGAUCUGCACCAGUCCUACUUCAGAUUGUAAAUGUGAUGCUCGUAGAAGUGGCAGGCCAUAUUAAAACAAGCCAAGUUUCAUGUUUACAGUGGUGAAGUUUAGCCUUAUCAUCUACCUUUGCUGCAGAUCCACUGAGUUUGUCUUUACAAUAUUUCAGUAACUAGUUUUGUGUUAGGCAACUUGCAUUAGAGGUCACAGUUUGAUGGUAAAGAAUUUUGCAGUUCAUGCUGUAGACCAAUUGUUUGGUGUGGUUGUGUUGAAAUUCCUGCCAGGCGUUGCUGCUGAGGCAUCAUGCUAAAAGGAAUUCUCCUUGCCUCUUCAGACUAUUUGGUCUAUCCUACAAGUUUUGCCAUCACCUCCAAAUUGCUAUGCUGUUUUGUCAAGGCUUUGGACACCAUGAGUCUGAAGCACUGAACUGAUUUGUUAAAUCCUUCAUCCCUUUCGUCCUCCUCACUUUCAGGUUUAAUGGUCAUGAAGAUUAAUGUUUCUUGGCUCCUGUUUGUAAAUGAGCAAUUAGCUAACAAUAGCAACUGAGUGACUGUUCAGGAACUAAGUAGCUGUAUGCAAAUUAUUCUUAGUUGCUUCUGUAUAAAGCAGAUAUUUUUUUGUGUGUGUUCUUGCCAAUCCUCUGUGCAAGUCUGACCUCUGUUAUCAUUGACUUGCCAAUCAUGUCAAGGGUAUUUAAAAUAAUGUCCAGUAAUUUGAUAGACACAGAAUUUAUCUUAGUACUUUUUUUUAUAAAAAAGUAUGAGUACUACUAUGCUGUCGAGUUAUUUUUUCUUGUAAGUACAAUCUGUAAAUAUGCUCCUCUAGUGAUUAUGUUAAAAGAACUCUAUGAAUAAUGACGUGUACAUUCAAAUUUCAGCUCGUGUAUUGUAGUCAAUAAUUUAUGAUUGGAAUGGCUGUGUUACCGGCCCUGUGUAUACUAGCUUUUGUAAAAUAGACAUUUCUAGAAAUAUGGCAAUACUAUAAUGGGUGA